AUGGCCUUUGCACCGGCGCUGGCCGCGGCGGCGCUGCUCGCCUGCCUGCCGGAGGGCGGCGCCCGCGGCACGGCGGGCCAGAUCGUGGGCCAGCGCGCGGCAGAGGAGCCGGUCCCGCAGGUGCCCGACCGCUGGGCCGGCAAGACGUGCCCAGACUUGCACCGCGAGUACCGCAACAUUUUUCUGCAUGGCAACCGCAACGCAGCCUCGCACCUGUGGAGCUGGUUCCUCCUGGAGAGGAGCUCCCAGAUGAGUCACCAGCAGCUGCUGUUUGUUCUUCUAUGCAUGUUCUCUUGUUUCUGCGCCGUCAGCGGUUCACCGACGCGGCCGGGGGACUUCAACCGAUACAAGCUGACUCUUCAGAGGGCGAGCGGACACGGAAGCGUCGCAGGGUUCAUGCACUAUUGCUGUUGGCCUUGCGUCUGCGACACGCAGGACUUCAUCAAGGUUGACACGAAGACCGUUGUCACACUGAGGGCGCCCGUGCCUACAACUUCGCGGUGCUGGGAAACCCCUGCGAGCACCCGGAGGAGCUGGGCAAGCCUUUCCAGGACGCCUUCGGGCGCGGCGCGUCCACGUUGGCCCGGGAUGCCGCCGAGAUCAGAUGCGACAGCAAUGGUACGCUGCACAAGGCACCCCUGA